GUGCCAUGUUAGGACGAGGGGGAAGGAGGAGAAGCGCUUAAAGCCGCGGGAGCGGGUGCGGGAGUGGGGUUGGACGCUGGGCUGCAGUAGGCCCCCCCCUCCCUCCCGCCUCAGUGGAUCAUGCCCAGGGCGGCAGCGGCGGUGGUUGCAGGGGGAAUGCCUGCGCAGGAGACGAUGCCAUUUCCAGUUACAAUGCAGGGAUCACAGCAAACACAGCCGCCACAGAAGCACUAUGGCAUUACCUCUCCUAUCAGCUUAGCAGCCCCCAAGGAGACCGACUGCCUGCUUACACAGAAACUAAUUGAGACUCUGAAACCCUAUGGGGUUUUUGAAGAAGAAGAGGAACUGCAGCACAGGAUUUUAAUUUUGGCAAAAUUAAAUAACCUGGUAAAAGAGUGGAUACGAGAAAUCAGUGAAAGCAAGAAUCUUCCACAAUCUGUAAUUGAAAAUGUUGGAGGAAAAAUUUUUACAUUUGGAUCUUACAGAUUAGGAGUACACACAAAAGGUGCCGAUAUUGAUGCGUUGUGUGUUGCACCAAGGCAUGUUGAUCGAAGUGACUUUUUCACCUCAUUCUAUGGUAAGUUGAAAUUACAGGAAGAAGUAAAAGAUUUAAGAGCUGUUGAAGAGGCAUUUGUGCCAGUUAUCAAACUGUGUUUUGAUGGGAUAGAGAUUGAUAUUUUAUUUGCAAGAUUAGCACUACAGACUAUUCCAGAAGACUUGGACUUACGAGAUGACAGUCUGCUUAAAAAUUUAGAUAUAAGAUGCAUAAGAAGUCUUAACGGUUGCAGGGUAACCGAUGAAAUUUUACACCUAGUACCAAACAUUGACAACUUCAGGUUAACUCUGAGAGCUAUCAAACUGUGGGCCAAACGCCACAACAUCUAUUCCAAUAUAUUAGGUUUCCUCGGUGGUGUUUCCUGGGCUAUGCUAGUAGCAAGAACUUGCCAGCUUUAUCCAAAUGCAAUAGCAUCAACUCUUGUACAUAAAUUUUUCUUGGUAUUUUCUAAAUGGGAAUGGCCAAAUCCAGUGCUAUUGAAACAGCCUGAAGAAUGCAAUCUUAAUUUGCCUGUAUGGGACCCAAGGGUAAACCCCAGUGAUAGGUACCAUCUUAUGCCUAUAAUUACACCAGCAUACCCACAGCAGAACUCUACGUACAAUGUGUCCGUUUCGACACGGAUGGUCAUGGUUGAGGAGUUUAAACAAGGUCUUGAUAUCACAGAUGAAAUUUUGCUGAGUAAGGGAGAGUGGUCCAAACUUUUUGAAGCUCCAAACUUCUUUCAAAAGUACAAGCAUUAUAUUGUACUUCUAGCAAGUGCACCAACAGAAAAACAACGCCUAGAAUGGGUGGGCUUGGUGGAAUCGAAAAUUCGAAUCUUGGUUGGAAAUUUGGAGAAGAAUGAAUUUAUUACACUGGCUCAUGUGAAUCCCCAGUCAUUUCCAGCACCCAAAGAAAAUCCUGACAAGGAAGAAUUUCGCACGAUGUGGGUGAUUGGAUUAGUGUUUAAAAAAACGGAAAACUCUGAAAAUCUCAGUGUUGAUCUCACCUAUGAUAUUCAGUCCUUCACAGAUACAGUUUACAGGCAAGCAAUAAACAGCAAGAUGUUUGAGGUGGACAUGAAAAUUGCUGCAAUGCAUGUAAAAAGAAAGCAACUCCAUGAACUACUACCUAAUCAUGUGCUUCAAAAAAAGAAAAAGCAUUCAACAGAAGGUGUCAGAUUGACACCUCUGAAUGAGAACAGCCUCGACUUGUCUAUGGACAGUGAUAACAGCAUGUCUGUGCCUUCACCUACUAGUGCUAUGAAGACCAGUCCAUUGAACAGUUCUGGCAGCUCUCAGGGAAACAGUCCUGCUCCAGCUGUGACAGCAGCAUCUGUGAUCAACGUCCAGGCCGCCGAAGUUCCUGCGCCACAAGUGGAUUCCAGUGAAAGCUCAGGGGGCAAGGGAAUUGGUUUGACAGGUACAUCGAGCGAGAGCAUUCCUCAAACUGCCACACAGCCAGCCAUUUCAUCACCACCAAAGCCUGCGGUCUCCAGAGUGGUUUCUGCAACACGCCUGGUCAACCCACACCACGACCUUCAGGAAAUGCAGCAACAAAAAUACCUAGUCCCACGGGAGGGGUCAAGAGGAAAUCCUCACCUCACAGAGAAGAAAAUCCCAAGAAAAUCAAAACAGAAGAGGAACAACUUGAUACAGAGACAAGUACAACUCAAUCAGAGACUGUUCAGACAGCGGCUUCUCUGUUGGCCUCUCAGAAAACAUCCAGUACAGACCUUUCUGAUAUCCCUGCUCUCCCUGCAAAUCCUAUUCCUGUUAUCAAGAAUUCAAUAAAACUGAGAUUGAA